UUCCCCUCGCAUCCUUGGAAGCAACAAUUAAGCAGCUCUGGGAUAAAACACACAGCCCGCGGGAGCACUGGGGCAUUGCUUCAAGAGAUGGCAAGGCAGGCAGCUGCACCCCUCCUCCCCGGAGUCCUCCUCCUGCUCUCCAUCCUCCCGGCUACUCAGCAAGGAGGGGUUCCUGGUGCUAUCCCGGGAGGGGCAGUCCCAGGAGGAGGCUUUUUCCCAGGUGCUGGAGUCGGAGGUCUGGGAGCAGGACUCGGGGCUGCAGGAAAACCUCCCAAACCAGGGCUCGGAGGACUUGGGGGACUCGGCCCCCUUGGCCUGCAGCCAGGUGCUGGGGGGCUGUUCCCCGGAGCUGGCUUCCCCGGGGGUGUGUUCCCCGGAGCCGCCUCGGCCGCGGCGCUCAAGGCUGCUGCAAAAGCUGGUGCUGGCAUUGGAGGCGUGGGUGGAAUUGGUGGUCCCGGUGGCCUCGGGGUCUCCACAGGUGCCGUGGUGCCGGGCGCGGUGCAGCCCGGCCUGGGUGCCGCAGGGAAACCCCCUAAAAUACCAGGUGCUGGGAUUCCUGGAGCUUUUCCGGGCGGCGUGCUCCCUGGUGCAGGUGUCCGUUUCCCUGGUGUAGGGGUGCUGCCCGGAGUCCCCACUGGAGCUGGGGUCAAGCCUAAAGCCCCAGGAGCUGGAGCCUUUGGAGGAAUCCCUGGACUGGGAGGUUUUGGAGGUCAGCAGCCUGGUGUCCCUCUGGGGUAUCCCAUCAAAGCUCCUAAGCUGCCAGGUGGCUAUGGAGUGCCCUACACCAAUGGCCUCAGGCCCGGCGGGAUAGGAGCUGGGCUCCUGGCAGGAAAGGCAGGAUACCCCACCGGGACAGGUGUCGGAGCGCAGGCGGCAGCAGCGAAGGCAGCAGCAAAACUCGGAGCCGGUCUCCUGCCGGGGGUCGGGGGCAUCCCGGGAGUCGCGCCCGGUGUUGGCGUCGGCGGAAUCCCAGGAGUUGGAGUUGGAGGACCGGCGGCGGCGGCAGCGGCGGCAAAGGCAGCGGCAAAGGCAGGAGCUUUCGGUCCAGGGGCCGUGCCCGGAGUCGGAGGUGUCCCUGGCUUGGUGCCUGGCGUUGGAGGUGUCCCCGGGGCAGUGCCUGGCGUUGGAGGUGUCCCCGGGGCGGUGCCUGGUGUCCCUGGGGUGGCAGCAGCAGCAGCAAAGGCAGCUAAGUACGGAGCUGGUGUUCCUGGCAUCGCUGGCGUUCCUGGCAUUGCCGGUGUUCCUGGAGUUCCUGGUGUUCCUGGUGUUCCUGGUGUUCCUGGAGUUCCCGGUGUUCCUGGUGUUCCUGGCGCUGUGCCCGGUGUUGGAGUGGGUGGCCCGGCAGCGGCGGCUGCAGCCAAGGCUGCGGCAAAAGCAGCGGCGAUCGGAGCAGGACGCGUGCCCGGCGUUGGCGUGCCCGGCGUUGGCGUGCCCGGCGUUGGCGUUCCCGGAGUGCGUGUGCCUGGAGUGGGUGUGCCUGGAGUGGGUGUGCCUGGUGCUGGCGUGCCCGGUUUGGUGCCCGGGGUCGGUGUUCCAGGAGGUCCGGCAGCCGCUGCCAAAGCCGCCGCCAAAGCAGCCAAGUACGGAGCAGGUGGCCUGGCUCCCGGCGUGGGUGGCCUGGCUCCCGGCGUGGGUGGCCUGGUUCCUGGAGUAGGUGGCCUGGUUCCUGGAGUAGGUGGCCUGGUUCCCGGUGUUGGAGGUGUCCCAGGUGUUGGAGGUCCAGCAGCAGCAGCCAAAGCAGCAGCCAAGGCAGCCAAAUUUGGUGCUGGGGCUGGAGGGGUGCCCGGUGUGGGCGGAGUGCCCGGAGUGACCCCCGGCGUUGGUGGCGUGCCCGGCUUGGUGCCAGGGGUGGGAGUACCUGGAACUGGCAUCCUUCCCGGGGCAGGCAUCCCCCAAGUAGGGGUGCAGCCCGGUGCUAAACCUCCCAAAUUCGGUGUUCCUGGGGUUGGAGUCCCAGGAGUUGGUGGCCUCCCAGGUGGCCUAGGAGUCGGUGGGCUCGGAGCUGGUGGCCUCGGAGCCGCUGGGAAACCUCCCAAGCCAGGGGUUGGAGUUCCCGGCUUCGGCGUAUCACCGAUAUUUCCAGGUGGGGUCGGCGGCCUGGGAUUUGGCGGGAAGCCCCCCAAGCCCUACGGAGGAGCCCUGGGUGCCCUGGGCUUUAGAGGCGGAGCGGGCUGUGCGGCAGGGAAGUACUGCGGCAGGAAGCGGAAGUAACGCUCCGUCACCGAUCACCUCAUGAACUUUGGUGCUACUGCAUGGUCCAGAAUGUAAAUCCGAAGCAAAGCUGAGACACCCCCUCCUCAGGCCCCGGAACCCCCCCCCGUCCAUGCCGGGGCCGUGCCCGGCCCCGCGUUCCACGGAGGGACCCCGCGUUCCCCGGCAGCGUCCGGGGCCCCCCGGCCCUCGGUCCCGGCAGGGAGCGCGGAAUAAAGUGCGGGGAGCAGCCGUCCCCCUUGGUGCUAUCGCUCUCUGCGGGAUUUGGGGGGCCCCUCCGCAGCCCCAGCGCUGACCCCCGGGGGGCACACAGGAUGAGGGGCCCCCCGCAUCGGAGGGACGGGCGGAGG